GCCAGAUGUAGAUCGAAGAAAAGAUAGACUGAUUUUGCAGCGAACAGCGAUCCACCCACACAAUUACUUCUUAAGCAAUCACACGAAAAUUCAUCUGCGGCGUUUCCGUUUUUGUUUUGCUCGAAGAGCGUUUCAUCUUGUUCUGUGUUUCUCUUUCGUUGAGACGCGACCGCGAGUCAACAUCAUCUUCUUUUCCCCCUCCCAUUUGAAAAUCUCCUUCUUGCCUAGCACUCCCCCGAGUCGUCCUCCGAAUGACGACUUUUAGAAGUUGUACGACUGAACGCGCGCAGACCAGCACGACCGCCCGGCGCACUAUGGGGCUCGUGGCCGCGGGCGCGUUCAUUUCCACGUUCGCCGGCGUAACACAGGCCGCCGGCGUCGUGACCGCUACGGAUCGCGACGUUCACGGCCAAAGCGUUACUAGCAGUGCGGAUACUUCCCCCACGUGUCCCGCGGGCGACUACGUGCUCGCGCACGCGCGGUUGCAGAAGCUGAUCGGGGAUUUGACGAAAGAAACGGACGAUGCCGUGCCGUUGAUCGACUUGUUGUCCGAAAAUGACGACGACUUUUACCAGGACUCGUACGACGUAUCCUCCGGUUGGGAGCGACUGACCACCCCCACACUGAAACCGGUUAAGCACGAGUUAUCCGCGGACGAGGACAUCGUGAUGAUCCCGCCCAGUGUGAAGUCGUCGCCUUCCUAUUCGCCUUCCGGCGCAAGCAGCAGCUCCGACUGGGUGGAUCUCGGGGCUACUUUCGGCGGAGGCUCCGUGCCCGCGUCGCCCCUGAUGUUCACCGGGAGUUCUCCGAGCGGCGCUUCGUCCUCGAGCGCGGUAGGAUCGCCGAGUGGGAGUUCUUUUAUCCCGUUUCCGCUCAAAAGCGUCCGCCGCUUGAACAAGGGCCGGAGCACGGCGGCGCCGCUUUUCGAUUUGACCGGGGACGAUUUUUCGGACACGGAGUCCGCGGCGUCUACGGAUUUUGGCCUUACCCCGAAAACCGACGCGUCAGAGCUGACGCCGAAAAAUGAGGAGCUUUCGCCGACCUCUCCCGCAGACACGUCUGCUCCAGUUGACUUGGUGAAAGACGAACCCGCUUCGCCAGAACAGGGCGAAGAGGCGCAACCCCUCUCUUCAAGUGCGACGUCGUUGAAAAGCAGCAGCAGUGGUGACAGUAUUCAAACGGCCGACUGGGACCACAUCAUGACUGACAUGGUGAAUGGCCGUUCCGACCCGGAAGAGGGCGCUUUCGCGUCCGACGAAAACGGCAGCGAGCCCUCCUCUCCGCGACGCCCUCCGCUACGCACGCCCUCUGACGAAAACAGCAACGAGUACUACACUCCGACCAUGGAGUCCGACUUGCCGGAAACUUCUGGUUCUCAGUCGCAAAAUGCAGACACUGUUGCGGCGGUCGAAAGCGAAAACGAAAACUCCUACACCCCCACGGAGGUUUACACCUCCCCAACCGAGGCGGCCGACGAGGAGCCACUUUUGGCCGGCGCGUCCCCACGCACCGAGUUUUUCUCCAUGGCGGCAAAUGACCGGCAACCCGAGUUUCACAAUAUGGCCACUGGCUCUGACACAAGUGGUUCUCGCUCGAACUCGCCCGCGACCAGCUCGGAGUCGUUGCAAAGCUCCCUUGCUUCGUCCACGACGGGCACGUCGUCUAUCGGGGAGAGUGAGGAUUCCGAGGGUCGUGAUGCUCAGUUCUUUCACUUGCGCAACGAGGACAACGACCACCAGGUUGACUACGGAACGAUGGACAGUGCCAGUCCAUUGGGCGAAGGCAUGGACCAAUACCCAGACACGCAGGAAGCUGCACCGCGAUCCCCCUCCACCCAGUCCUCCCCCGCUUCCAGUUCUUCCUCCUUACGGUCCACCGAAUCGCGGCCGGUCAACCCCGGGACCGGGUCGCGGAGCCGCGUGUUCCGCUGGGCCAACGAGACCAGCGACGACGAGGCGUUCCUCACGCAGGUGCACGAGUUCCGGUUGCCUUCGAGCGACUCGGCCGCGUCGGAUGAGGUGGACCGCGUGGUCGACCAAGCGUCGUCCUCUUCCAGCGACCGCCGGAACCGGGUUGUUCGGGAGAAUGAUGGUGGUGACGGGGACGACGGCAGCGAUUUCUCUUCCUCCUCUUCCGGGUCGUACGCGUCGGACUCGGACACAGAGUCCGAGGGGGAAAUCGUCAACGAGGACAGCCCGGGGAAUUCCGAGGACGAAGACGAAAUGGUUACCAGUACCUCCUCGUCGGGGUCGUCCGGCUCAACAACCACCCGCCGCCACGCCCGGCUGCCGGAGGAGAAGCGCAUCACGUCCGAGGGGCUGGAAGUCACGAAGCGCGAGUUUUUGCGCAUGUUCGGACCGGCGGCGGACUGGCAGCGGGACGCGAUCCCGCUGUACGCCACGCGCGUGUCGCCGGCGGGGUUGACUCUGCAUUACCACGAGUUUCUCGAUGUGUACGGGUUGGACGCCUGGAAGAUGUGGUGGGCGUCGGUGCUGCCGAAGGAAAAGCGUACGGCUCCAGACGGAAAGAAUUACGGCAAGAAAACGUUCCACGAGUGGUACGGAGCGCAGGCCAACAUCCUGUGGGCCCAGAGCCCGCGACCGAGCGAGCGGCGUGUGGACCCGUAUGGUAAGCUGAGGAACAAGAAGGACUUCAUCAAGAACUUCGGGCAGGUAAACAGUGCUUGGGGUGGAAACAUCGUUUAGCUGCUUUUUCCGUGUGCAUUGAUCUUCUAUCAUGGAGAUGAAAUUAUAGGGCAAUGUUGAUGUGCGACGAUGGCCAAAUUGAAAAAUCUAUCAGAUGAACGGCAAUCUGGAAUGGAUGCGCGCGCCUUUUCCGCGAUACCGUCGUGUUGCGCCAAACGGACGCGUCCUGACGCUCCCUCUUUUCAUUCACAACUUCGGUCGGCAGAACGGCAAUCGGUUUUGGCACAGUGCACCCCGUCCGUACUACAAGCGCACUGAUCCGCGUGAUGGUGUCCGAAAGAACAAACAGGCCUUCAUUCGCGCGCACGGAGAGGGGUACGGAAACGCGCUGUGGGCGCACGCGGCACCGCUGAAGCGCAGGAACACCGUAUGGGUUUAGUUGUUGUAAUUCUGCAGUAGCGUUGCGUUAUUCCGAUUUCAUUUUGACGCCCCAUAAGUAACUCUAAGUACGCUUUGAGCGACGUUUACACCUAUGUGAUGUCUGUUUUGUGAAAAACAACUACAGCACACGUACUACUCGGACGACGACGCUGCCACGUCGCCAGCCACGGAGCAGAGCAGCUUCUCGCCGACCAGCCUGGCGUCGGACAUUACAGAGCCGGAGGAGGCAGGAGCUUCUGUAUCUGCUCCGCUCACUCCUACCGAGGUCAUCUCGUCUGACUCGGAGAGCGAGGAGAUCGUCUCAACGGCCGCUCCACCUGCGGUACUGGAAACUGCGCCCUUGUCGCCGACCAGUGUGGCGGACGAGACAGAAUCGAAUUACGACACAACAUGGCAGGAUUACGUUUCUGACCCGAUGGAAGUGGACCAGGAAGGCCAGCAGGAGGACCUCCCGGACUCUACGUCCGCACUCGUGCAGACGGACGAAGUGACAGGAUUUAUCCAGGACAUCGAGCACAUCGCUGCCGACGACGAUUCUACCGUGGAACCCGAGUACAUGCUGCUCCCCGACCACGAUUCCGACGAGGAAAUGGAAAACCUGGAGGCUUCCUGGACCCAGAGCGAGCUGGCCCGUCGUUUGGCGCGGGACCUGCUGAUGAACGCGGAUCCGGACGGGUCCUUGACGGAGCGGUUACUCCCCGAGUCCGCAUUGCUGGACGCAUCCAACGAGACGCUGGAACUGUUAACCGAGUCCACAGACGCGCUCGGCGCGCUCGCGGCAGAAGAGGACAAGACUGCUAGUGGUAGUGCUCCAUCUACUGCAGCUUCGUCUGGUGCAAAAGGCCGCCUGCCGAUUGGGCAGUACGGUUACAGUAUGCGGUCCAGCCAGGCAUGGAAGGAACAACCAGCAAGUUCUGCGGACGCCGCUCCAGUGCAGGUGACCCCGAGCGCGCAGAAGUUGUCGAAUAAGAUCCCCUUCGGUCAGUAUGGUCACGGGUUCUUGCCCUCGGCGUCAAAAGGCCAGAAGCGUGCAAUCAAAGAGGAAGACAGCAGCUACGAGGAGCCACUCGCGGAGCCGGCCCCGACGGAGGUCGAACCGGAGGCGCUGGCCCAACAGGUCACGGACGGCAAGCGCGGCCGUGUGCCGAUCGGACAGUACGGAUACGGUCUGCCCUUGCGUUCGAGCAAAGCUUGGAAAAGCGAAGUUGCGGCACCAGUUACCGAGGUGACCCCGCACGCGCAAAAGCUCUCCAACAAAAUUCCUUUCGGUCAAUAUGGGUACGGAAUGCGACCGGUUCAGAAGGUGAAGGAGGAGGAACAGGAAGAAGAACAAGCACCGGCAUCGGAGAAGCAGGCGAUGGACAGCAAGCGUGCGCCAAUGCCGAUCAUUGGUCAGUAUGGAUACGGGUUGCCAAUCCGCUCAAGCAAAGCCUGGAAGGCUGAAGCCGCAACCCCGGUCACUGCGGUCACCCCGCAUGCGCAAAAGCUUUCAAACAAAAUUCCGUUCGGGCAAUACGGAUACAGCUUGUUGCCAACAUCACACAAGAACGACGAGUCAUCUGCUAUCGAAGGCGAGAUCGACAUGUUUGCUCCUCCCACUUCCGAAGAGCUGCAGCGUCUGUUGGCUGACGAGCCAGAUCUGGAAGAAAAGUUCGCGGCCCAGCUGACCGGCCGAGAGUACCGGCCCAUGCACCGAGGCUACCCGGGCUCCUCCUCCGACAGCACUGGAAUGUCGAAGCUGAGUAUGUCUUCCUCUUCCCUGCAAGGCAGCAAGGAGAGCGAAGCACCCAGCUACACCUCCUACCUGCUUUUGCAGAGCCAAGACGAUUCAUCUUCAGCGAACAACGCCGCUUCCUCCUCCUCCGGCGCGGGCAGCAGCACCGACCUGCCGGUAUCCCUUCUUCGAACGGACGACGACCACCGGGACCCCACUCCUACGGAACUCGUCGGGAUGUUGGAAGAAAUGAGCCAGCUCCAUGCAGGUGCAGAAUCUGCUACUGCUUCAAGUGCAUCUUCUAGCUCUUCCUCCACCAGCACCACAGACCGCAUGAUCGCUGCAAUGGAGGUGGCGCGUAAGAAAAUGCAGGGCUGGGCGAAGGAGGUGAAAAAGAAUCUCGUUACUCCCGUGGUCGAUGACGCGCGGCUUUUUGGUUCGGAAGUCUCAGAGUUCGGCGCCGGUGUGUCCGUGCGACUGAACAACGCGCUUACCGAGGCCAAAGAAGUGUCGAACGUGGUCAGCGGCCGCGUCUCGGAGCAGAUUCGGGACGCGUUCGCGCAGUUGCGGACUCCGUCCACGGAUACGAUCGCGCCAGCACCGAAUGCGGGCGACGAAGAUGAGGACACUCUGGCAGACCCGAAUGCAGCGUAUGAUGAGAUGUUUGGUUUUGUAUGUGACAAGAAGAGAGAUGAAACAAAGAAACAAAGCUGCGUGAUUACAUGUCAUGGCUCUCAAUUGAGCUUUGAAAAAAUGUAGAAGAUUUGCGAAAAAUUCGACAGAAACUUCCGCAACAUGGUCGCGGAGGUGACCGCAAAUGGAGUUCGCACUUUCGUCGAUAGCGUGCGGGAUGCGGGCGCCGCGUCGCUCCAGAACGUGCAGCAGGCAGUGUGCCGCCAGGGUAUGCUCGAGCUGAACGUGCCGUCCACGCGACAGAACCUGCAGGCAGUUGCCACUUUCGUGCGCUUGGAGGAUUUGAUCAACUGGCUGAGUCAGCCCACACUGAGCAUCCUCGCCGACGAGCCGGCAGACGCGGCAUCUUCCUCGACCAGGAGCAAACGCCAUGUUGCGUACUAAUAAUUUGCGCUUCUUUUUCUUGAGGUUCAGUUUGAUUUUUUUGAAAACAAGGCUAAAGACGUAGAAGAAAGUGCUAUAUGUUUACUCAAUAUUCGCUUGCUCUCGUGAGUGGUCCGGGUAAGCCUAAGCAGCGCAGCUGCAUUGACGCUCUUUGCGCCGAGCGACCGUCAUUCUGUAUCCAAACAUCAGACACGCGAACUUCGGGCGCUUUACAAAGGCAGCGCGCAAGCAGCAGAAGCGCAAGCGCGCGCUGGAAUUGGCCCAGAAGAAGUACGAAAAGGCAUCGCGCUGGAACGCUUUGGUGCGUGCGCUCCUGGAGCAGGAAGCCGAGGAACCGUCCUCGGGCGCGAAGCAGCGGUGGGAAUCUUUGGUGAGUGCCUUGAUGUUCGCAAACGAUUUCAACGCAGUCAAGGACAGAGAAGAGCCAACUUUUGACUCUGCAAAAGACGCCGCCAGUGGAAGUUCCAGCAGUUCAUCUUCUAGCUCUUCAUCGGCGUCUUCUAGUGGCGCAUCUUCUUCGACGUCGCAAAUGUCGUCGCAAUUUCUUUCAGCUAGUACUACGUCAACAACAUCUAACAAGCCCCUUGUUCUGCUCAAGCAGACCCCAGGUCCGCAGUCCCUGGCUCUGAUGGCGCGCAAAAGACUUGAAUCGCACCCCUUGCGGGCGAUCACCUUGCAGGACCAGAACGAAAAGCUGCUUCGUGGCUUUUUCGCGCUAGCGCAGCAGAAGGAGAUCUUGACGAAGUUCGUGAAAUUCGUGCACAGGACGGAGGAUGACACCCUCGGGGUUGUCGGAAACCGCAGGGCAGCGGCCAACUACGACUUUUUCUUGAAGUUACUGCCUUUUGUGCUUCCACAGCUGGCAAACGCAGCUGCGGGACAGCGGCAAGGGGCGAAAGUAAACGUCUUCAACGCCGCGAAGUCCAUCUUGCGAUUUCCGGUGCCCAUCAAAGCGAUUGAGGAUAUCAAGAGUAGCAGCAGCAACACAGGGGCGGCCUUGCCGUUCUACGGUCCACACUUGCCGGUCGUGAAGCAGGAACAAGCUGACAGCGAGGAGAAAUCAGUUGAGUACGGGCCGGCACCAAAGCCAGAUGGGUGGAAGGGUAUAGGAAUCGAGUUUUUUGGUGGUUUAUGAGCUCCUGCAGCAUCCAUUUCUUGUUUGCCUCUUCGAGUUGUGGAUCAGGAUGAUAUGUGCCCGAAAGGUACUGGUAUUUUUGAGAGUGCGCAGAAGUUGCUAACUUUACUACUGCUCACGAACCUCGUACAGACGAUGCUGACGCGGCUGAGUCGACGACGACAGGCUCAUCGAGCAGUGGUUCAUCGUCCGGCACAUCUUCCUCGUCGACCUCGGGUGCUGCAGCUGCAAACGCAAGUAGCAGCGGAACAGGUUCGCCGUCAGGUGGGUCGUCCGCCAGUGCAUCCGGAGUAUCAGGGGGAGACAGCGAAGGAUCAGCGGCAGUAUCCAGUUCUUCAAGUUCAAACGGCGGUAAGUUUUGGCGAAAAAUAUUGUUCUUUUUGUGCUAAUGAGCAAAUACGGAUAGAUUCUUUGAUGGUGACACGCACAGAAAUCCAAUUUAUGACUUUGUGCGGGUGGCACGCGCGCGCGCAAAAACCUUAUUGCUCCAUCUACGACUUCAGAUGACAGAACUGACACGGAAUCGCUGACCUCCAGUACGGAGACGCUGGACGCCUUCGAUGAGCCACCAUCACCUACUGGAGUCAAUUCGCGCAGCAUCAACCUUGGCGGUAGAAACUGUUCUGUGGUUUGCUCCUCUUCUACAUUUCGUCGAAGAAAAAUGCUACGCUGCAUGCGAAACAGCGUAUACCUCGAAUUUGCUACAAUUCAUUCUUGUGAGUCUAAUCAAUUUAUUCAUAGGGGCCGCCGGUUCGCCGGAUGACGACGGCGAAAAGAGCAGAAAAGUCAGUUUGGUACAGAAGCUUUCCGGCCGGCCCGAAGGGUCAGAUGAGGGGAGCAACAAUAGCCAAGAGGAGCAGGAGCAAAACAAUAACAACAACGCCGACGACGCCGAUGCCAAUCGCAAAACGCUUUUGAAGAUCGGGGCUGCGUCGUUGCUCGUGAUCUUCCUGGCCGGGGGAUUUAGCGUCGUGCUUUGCCGCGUCUUGGCCACGGAUACCAGCGUGAGUAACAUUCUCUCCGAUGGUAUGGACGACAUGCUGAUAGACGAUGAGGAUGAGAAGGAGAAAGGAGAGUACAUGGACGAUUCCGACGGGUCGGAUUAGUGGAUUUUGCAAAUGUUGCUGCUCCAAGCAGAAAAUUUUGUUUUUCAAAUGAACGAUUUUCGUGUCACAAUUCCAAUGUACGAGAAGACUGGACCUCAAUGUACGAGUUAUCAGGUUGAUCAGUUCGAAAUACUUUGUUACUGACUUAACGAUAUUAUCCGGAGUGGUUGAAGAGCAGUAGCCCUUUUCAAAUCUUCCACUGGUUGUUGAUGGUGCUAUCUCGUAUCUCUAUCUCUAUUUUCUAGAAUACAGCGACGGCCACGUGGAGAAUGAAAGUAUUGACGCUUCGUAUACCCCUUUAGGCGCAUUCGCAUCUAUGGGCCCAGAGCAUAGGAAGUGUAUUUGAUGGAAUUUCGAGGUUAUUUUGCUUUCCGUUUUUUCUAAAUGAAGCAUUCUUUCCAGAAUGAUGUUUCUCGCAUUGUCUUUCGAGAAGUACUAUCAAUGCACCACACCUGGAGAUGCAUGAGAUCAGGUACUGGUCAAAUCAAUUUUUGUUGUCUGCGAAAAGAACAGGUCUUUGACUGCGAAUUGCAAAAACUGACUCGAUAGAUAAAAAAAUCGCUCCGUCGAGCACAAAAAAUCAAUUCCUUCGAACCAUGGUGGUGAAGGUGUAUACAGAGGAGGGAAAGUAGGUACACA